CAUGAUCGAGGAUGGGUCUUCUUUCAAAGAAAAAAUCUUAAAUUAGAGUUAAGAAAAGAAAAGAUCUUUGUACAAAUCUGAACUGCCACCCAUAAAAAAAGUGUUCCGAAAUCCCAAAAUGCCCUCUUAAGCUUACACAGCCUUGUUCAAUCUGGUGGGUCAUACAUAUUACAUAGCAAAUGCAGUUAUGCUUUUGGCAUCAAAUCAUCAUCAUCAACAACAACAACAGUACCACGGUCCUGCCUUACCGAUGAUGCCAACCCCACUCCAAGUUCGGAGGAGGCCUGUCUUUGAAUUUGAUGAUGAGCAUCUUCAGAAUCAAAAGCCCACCAUUCCAAUGGAAUUGCAGAUUGUCAGUUCCCAACAACAUUUUCGUCUUCCCGAUGGUUGGGUGGUCGAGAAAAAGCCCCGUCCCUCUCACGAGUCUCGUUUUGACAAGUAUUACUAUGAGCCAGGCACCGGAAGGAAAUUUCGUUCUUUGUUAUCUGUUCAGAGACAUCUAGCAGGAGAAACAAGAGACUAUGUUGUUGCUAACACAAUGAUGUCAAAAAAUGAAAACACUCUAUUUUUUCUGCAGAAUUUUAUUGAGUCUGGGUCAGGACAGAAGUUCGGUUCCUUGAGAGCUCUUGAUAAUUUCUUAUCAGAAGAAAAUGCAUGUACAACAACACCUAAGUCUGCAGUGAAAUCAGGCACUGGAGAGCAAAGAGCUUGUGGUGUGAGAAGUGGCCAAAAAGCUGUCCAUAAAGGCUCUUCUGUAGGAGAAGAAGUACAAAUCACUCCAAAGUCCUUGAAACACACUAUUCAAUCUGCACUUUCUGAGAAAUCAGAUUCUCGGAAGAAAACCAAGUCGGAGAAGGACAACAGAGCUUCCAUGCAUAACUUAACUGUACCACCACCAGCAAAAGUAAGCUGGGUUCUGUCUGGUUCCGGGGGGUUCUGGAGCCCUUUCCUUGAUGAUUCCAUUGUACCAGAACCUGAAAAGAUGAAAUGGUCCAAAGCAUUUGUACUAUCAAUCCAUGAUGAUGGAGAUAUUAAUGGACUUAAUAGCUGAGCUUUGCAGGGUUCACAAUGGAGAUGACUGGAAAUCUUGGUGAGAAUGUGCUGAUUCCAUGUAGCUUAGAUUGUAGGCGGGAAUGGGAUUAUCCACGUGCCUUAAUUAUCUUAACCUAUAAGCAGAUAUUGUUCUAUUUCACUGAUUAAAAUCAUGUAGGUUCUAUCACAGGGUUGCACCUCGAAACAACUUGGGAAAGAUUGAACUAGUGCCAACUGAUCUAUACUAAAAGCCCGUUGGCAGUAACAACUUUUGAACAAAGAGUGAUGUGCUGAUUCCUUGUACAUGUGGUUUGAUUCAACAUUUCUGAAAUUAAAUUUUGAAAUUUUUCAUAUUUUCA